AGGGCCACCGUGGCCAUGAGGCCCACUCUCCUGGUCAUCGCCUUCCUGUGCACCACGGCCUUGAUGGCCGACACCUGUCCAGAGGUGAAGGUGGUGGGUCUGGAGGGCUCUGACAAGCUCACCAUUCUCCGAGGCUGCCCAGGGCUGCCCGGAGCCCCAGGGCCCAAGGGAGAGGCGGGCGCCAACGGAGGGAGAGGAGAAGCUGGGCAGUCUCCGUCAUGUGCUACAGGACCGCGGACCUGCAAGGAGCUGCUCACCCGGGGGCACUUUCUGAGCGGCUGGCACACCAUCUACCUGCCCGACUGCCGGCCCCUGACUGUGCUGUGUGACAUGGACACGGACGGUGGGGGCUGGACCGUUUUCCAGCGGAGGGUGGACGGCUCCGUGGACUUCUAUCGGGACUGGGCCGCGUACAAGCGGGGCUUCGGCAGUCAGCUGGGGGAGUUCUGGCUGGGGAACGACAACAUUCACGCCCUGACCGCCCAGGGAACCAAUGAGCUUCGUGUAGACCUUGUGGACUUUGGGGGCGACCGCCAGUUUGCCAAGUACACGUCAUUCAGGAUGGCGUCCGAGCUGAACAAGUACAAGCUGGUCCUGGGGGCCUUUGCUGGGGGCAGUGCAGGAGAUUCUCUGACGUACCACAACAACCAUUCGUUCUCCACCCAAGAUCAAGACAACGACAAAUCUACCCAAAACUGUGCUGAGCGGUACCAUGGAGCCUGGUGGCACUUCACUUGCCACCUGUCGAACCUGAACGGUCGCUACCUCGGGGGGGCCCAUGACAGCUUUGCGGAUGGCAUCAACUGGAAGUCGGGAAGAGGAUACAACUACAGCUACAAGGUGUCAGAGAUGAAGGUGCGGCCCACCUAGCUGGGGGCUCCAAUCGGGAUGUGUCACCAUGGCCAAGAGCGGAGCUGGUCCCUGAGCCCUCAUGGGAAUGGAGGAGCUUCGACCCGUUCCCUGUGGGCCGGGACCCCAGAGCUUUGUGCCUAGCACAGACAUUCAACCCCUCCUCUCCCGUCUGCAAGCCUGUGGGUAACUCACAUGCCCCCUCGCCAACAAUCCACGUCAUCAAUAAAGUCAUUUGCUUGCUUCGUAGACAAACAUGGGACCCUGCUGUUGUUCAUGUUGCUCUGGUCCCUGGUCCUGUCCCUGUGUCUGUUUGUCUGUCAUUGCUUCCCCGUGGCCUGGCACUGCAGGUGGACUAGAUGCCUUUGAGGCUGAGGAAGUUUCUGGUGGUCUAAGACAGGAGUCGACAAAGCAGGGCCUGUUUGCAAAUAAAGCUUUAUUGGCACACAGC